AAAACUUAAGUUGGCGUUGCCAGCUGACUUUACAAAAUGUUGUUCUACACAUUGAAAGUAGAGAAAUAAAAGCUAAAAUAAUCAGACAAUUUGAAGAGAAGGCACACAAACAAAUCUGCAACAAGUUUCAGCAACCACAAAAAAAGAUUGACGAAGAGCUGGCAAUUGGAAAUUGGCAAUUUCAUGUGGCCGCAGGCGUGCUUUAUUAAUUGAGCGGAAGUCGAGGUAUUUAGCAAACACUAAUUUGACGGGGGCGAAAUUCGCUAAUCAUGGCAGAAGAGCAGCAGCAACAACAAGUUGAAGACGUGCUUCAGACAGCGAGAAGCAAGUUUAGUAUUCAAAUCACAUCGGCGACAACAAUGCACAUUGAGAUUGCACGCGAGCAAUGCAAAUCGAGAAGCUGCAACAUUUCCACAUUGCUGCUGCACAACGGGCGACAAUAUGCCAGCAAUUUUGUGGUGAAACGUAAAUGGAUUGCAGCCAUGCAACAACAACUGCUGAAGUGGUCGUUGUCGUUGCCGCAGCAACUGCCGAGGGAACCAUCAGCCAACGAAACACGGCAAUUGUUUCGCCACAACUGCAAUCAAUCAUUCAAUAAAGCUUUGCAGCUUUGCUUCAACAUUGAGUUCAGUUGCCAAUCGCUGAUCACGAUCAUCGAGUGCUUCAAUCACAUGCCAAAUGGUCGCUCACGGCUACUGACUAACGGCAGCAAUCACAACAAUAGCAAUGGUAGCAACAUUGGAGACAGCAGUAAUAAGAGCAACAUCAACAGUAAUGACAACAGCAACAGAAAUGAGAUCAGCAACAGCAUCAGCGAUGGAAAGAGCAAUGAGAGUAACAACAACGGCAACAACAACAUUGGAGACUGCAGUGAUAACAGCAACGUAGAUAGCAACAUCCAUGAGAAGAGCAACAUCAAUGAAAAGAGCAACUGGAAUAAGAACAGCAACAGCGUCAGCAAUGGAAGCAGCAACCAGAUCAAUAACAACAGAAGCAUCUACAUUGGAUACAGCAGUGAUAACAGCAACAUCAAUGACAAAAGCAUCAUCAAUGUUAAUAGCAACAGCAACAGCAUCAGCAAUAACAACACCAACUUCAAUAAGAGCAGUAACAACAUCAACAAUGGAAAUAUCAACCACAUCAACAACAUCAGCAACAACAACAUUGGCGACUGCAGUGAUAACAGCAACAGCAACAUGAUUGACAAAAGCAACAUCAAUGUUAACAGCAACAUCAAUGAGAAAAGCAACAACAUCAGCAUAAGCAAUGAAAACAGCAACAGCAUCAGCAAUGAAAAUAGCAACAUCAAUAGGAACAGUAACAACAUCAGGUAUGGAAAGAGCAACCACAUCAACAACAUUGGAGACUGCAGUGAUAACAGCAACAGUAAUGACAACAGCAACAUCAAUGAGAAAAGCAACAUUUAUGUUAACAGCAACAUCAAUGGGAGCAGCCACAGCAUCAACAUGAACAAUGCAAAUAGCAAUGGGAGCAACUCAAACAACAAUGUGAAUUUCAAAUGCAACAGCAACAUCGAUGAAGGCAGCGACAGUAUCAGCAAUGGAAACAGAAACAACGGCAGUGACAACAGCAACAUCAAUGCUAACCGCAACAGUAAUGAUAACAGCAACAUCAAUGUUAACAGCAACAUCAUCAGCAAUGACAACAGCAAUGACAGCAAUCCGAACAACAAUGUCAACUUCAAAUGGCACAGCAACAGCAAUGUCAGCAGCAAUAUCGAUGACAACAAAGACACCGACAGCAACACCGAGAGCGACAGCAACUCCGACAUUUACAGCAACAGAGAAUGCGUGAUCAACAGCAGCGAUAAGGAUCUUAAUUUGAGUGCACACUUUGUGCAUUUGGUGGAUUACGUGCAACUUGCGGAGAGCGAAGCAGCAGCAACAGUUGCAGCAACAGCAGCAGCAUCGUUGUACGUUGACAUUCAAUAUGCGCGACAAAUGUGGCCAAUGAUGAUGGACAGCAAAGGUGUUGACACUGAUGAAGAUGAUGAUGAAGAUGAUGAUGAAGAUGAAGAUGAAUUUGUUAAUGGUGAUGAAGAUGUUGAUGAUGAAAAUGUUGACGAUAUUGAUAAUGAAGAUGUUGAUAAUAAAGAUGCUGAUGAUAAAGAUGUUUAUGAUAAAGAUAUAGAUGGUAAAGAUGAUGAACAUGUUGAUGAUGAAGAUGUUGAUGUUAAAGAUAUUAAUGUUAAAGAUGUUUAUGAUGAUGAAGAUGAAGAAGAUGAAGACUUUAAUGAUGAUGUUGCCGACAUUGCUGAAGAUGUUGCUGAUGAUAUUGCCCACAGUGCUGAAGAUGCUGCUGAUGAUACUGAACAAGCAACCGAGGAAGAGAACAACAACGACAACCACAACGAUGAAGAGACCGAAGAGCAGGAGCAGGAUGAUGAACGAACGCUGAGCUGGGACAGUGAUUUAAUUGAUGUUGCGUCUGUUCAGCAUCAAGUGCGCGAUCUAAACGAAUUGAGUGUUCGAUUGGUGCAAACGAACAACAUGAAUUCGCUGCCGGUUGUUGCUGGCAAUGUUGCCAACACAAUAUGGGACUUGGCCACGUACAAUUCAAUCGAUAACAUCGAGAAUCAGUGUUUGGAGUUGGGCUGCAUUAAAGCUGGCAUCGUUGAAUGGUUGCAGAGCGAAGAUCGUUCCUUCGAAACGAACUUAAGUCGUCCACUGCGUCGCCUGAUUGGCGAACUUCCAGCACAGACAGCUCUCGAAGAGCGUCUCACUUGGUUGACCGAGGAAGAAGCUAACGAUGUUGCUCCUGCUGUUGUUGAGAAUGAAUAUCCGGAUUUGUGCUCGCCUGAUGUUCGAUGCUCGUCGAACAGUUUGUUGAGCGGGUUUUUAAUACGUCAGAGCAUCAAUGAGCUGGCGUACUUGCAACAGAAUUUGAAUCUCAACGAUUUGCAGCAAGAACUAAGAUACGAGGAUGAGAAAUCGGAUGUGGAUGAGGAGGAAGCCAGCAACAGUUGCAACUAUGAAUCGGACUUGGAGUUGGAAAUUGUGCCGCUUGCCUCGUAUGUAAAGCAAACAGCUGAGCUAAUUGCCCAGAUUAAGGCAACACUUUAAGCCCAACAACGAAUUCAUUUUGAAUAUUAUUCAAAUGCGAUACCCGAACAAAAUUGAUGCCCGCAUAACUUUUAUUGCAAUUGCUGCUUGGCCACAAAUUUGUGCUGCACCUUUUGGCUUUACCUUCGCAAAUCUCUAGCUCUGGCUAUGACGAAUGUCUUUUUUAUUCAAUUUUAUUCCUCUUCUCCUUCUCCCUUCUCAAAUUUUCUUUGUUCUCGCUUUGUGCUUGCCUCCGAUUGCCUUACGAGUCGCUCAACUUUCUUAUCAAGCAUGCCACAAAAUGUAUUCUAAAUUUCACAACGAAAACUUUGGCGGUUCCUGAGUUAUGUUUAUGUUAUAUCUAGGUUAUAGCUUAUGUUCUCUAUCAUAUUUUAGAAGAGUUUAAAGAAACUCCAUCCGUAGCUGCAUGAUUUGAUAUUAGAUAGACCAAAUAUUAUUCAAAGUUCCAGAGCAAUGUUCAAAAUUAUAUAUAUUUUUAUAGCUUAUGAAUUAUUUUUAAAUUUAUCGUAGACUGCAAUAAGAAAAUAAAUAAAAUAUGUAAUAUCGAGUUCUUUCCUCAUGAAAAAGAAUUUUGGUGAAAUGAUAAAUAAAUUGUAAUAAGUGUGUACUUAUAAAUAUACC